CAGGCCCCCAUGCAGGCCCCGCCCCAGCCCAGCUCUUGCAGGUUCUCGCGAGGUUUGAGGGCGCAGGGCCGGCCCGGGCAGCUGCAAUAUGGCGGAGGCGGAAGGGGAAAGCCUGGAGUCCUGGCUGAAUAAGGCCACCAAUCCUUCCAACCGCCAGGAGGACUGGGAAUACAUAAUUGGCUUCUGUGAUCAGAUCAACAAAGAGCUAGAAGGGCCACAGAUCGCCGUCCGGCUGCUGGCCCAUAAGAUCCAGUCUCCGCAGGAAUGGGAGGCGGUCCAGGCCCUGACGGUGCUGGAGGCGUGUAUGAAGAACUGUGGCAGGAGAUUUCAUAACGAAGUGGGGAAGUUCCGGUUUCUGAAUGAGUUAAUCAAAGUCGUCUCUCCAAAGUACCUGGGGGACAGGGUGUCAGAGAGAGUGAAGACCAAGGUUAUCGAGCUGCUUUAUAGUUGGACGUUGGCCCUGCCAGAAGAAACAAAGAUCAAGGACGCUUAUCACAUGUUGAAGAGACAGGGCAUAGUGCAGUCUGACCCACUGAUCCCCGUGGACAGGACGCUGAUCCCCUCUCCGCCACCUCGUCCCAAAAACCCUGUGUUUGAUGAUGAGGAGAAAUCCAAGCUUCUAGCCAAGUUGUUGAAAAGCAAAAAUCCAGAUGACCUACAGGAGGCCAACAAGCUCAUCAAGUCCAUGGUGAAGGAAGACGAGGCACGGAUCCAGAAGGUGACCAAGCGUCUGCACACUCUGGAGGAGGUUAAUAACAAUGUAAAGCUGCUCAAUGAGAUGCUGCUUCAUUACAGCAAAGAGGAUUCUUCAGAGGCAGAUAAAGAGCUCAUGAAGGAGCUGUUUGAUCGGUGUGAGAGUAAGAGGCGGACAUUAUUCAAACUAGCCAGUGAGACAGAGGACAAUGACAAUAGUUUGGGGGACAUCCUCCAGGCUAGUGACAACCUCUCCCGGGUCAUCAACUCCUACAAAACAAUCGUUGAAGGGCAGGUCAUCAAUGGUGAGGUAGCCACCUCAGCCAUUCCAGACUCCGAAGGAAACCACUCCAGGAACCAAGGCACUCUCAUCGACCUUGCCGAGUUGGACACCCCCAGCAGCAGCUCAUCCUCAGCCCCUGCCCCACCAUCCUCUGGCAUCCCUAUCCUCCCUCCACCCCCCCAGACCUUGGGCCCUGGGCGCAGCCACCUAUCCGGCCAUGCUGAGGCCACCCCGGGACCCAACAGCACAAGCCAUGCCCUCUGCCUGCUGGACGAGGAGCUGCUCUGCUUGGGCCUUGCUGACCCAGCCCCCACUGCUCUUCCCACAGAGGCAGCUGGAAACCGCCAAUGGCCCCUGUUCCAGAACGAGCAGUCGGACCUGGACUUCGGCGGCCCCAAGCCUGGGAGUGCUGCCGCCAGCCCCGCAGACAGGCCUCUUGUCCCGCCCUCAGCGCCAUCUGCAGGCAGCUCCCAGGCCCCACUGCCGCCCUCCUUCCCAGCUCCUGCGGCCCCAUCCGGCGUGCCUGCCCCCACACCAGGCUCCUUCUUGUUCCCAACUGGACCGGCCCCAGCCCCAAAGACUGAGCCCACAGCCCUCGGGUACCAUGGCUCAGCUUUGGGCGAUAGCACCCUGCACCAGCUGGAUGCCCUUGAUCAUCUUCUAGAAGAGACCAGAGCGACGUCAGGUCUGGUGAAACCCGUCUCCUCCAUCUUCUUCCCCGGGGCCACCACCUCCCCUCUGGUCCCCACUAGCACCACUGCUCGGCCUCUCCUCCCCUUCUCCCCGGGGCCUGGCAGCCCGCUCUUCCAGCCUCAGGGCAGCCCUAUGAAGGGGCCAGAGCUCUCCCUGGCCAGUGUCCACGUCCCCCUGGAAUCUAUUAAGCCUAGCAGCGCCCUUCCCGUGACAGCCUACGAUAAAAAUGGCUUCCGCAUCCUCUUCCACUUUGCCAAGGAGUGUCCGCCGGGCCGGCCUGACGUGCUGGUGGUGGUGGUGUCCAUGCUGAAUACCGCUCCCUUGCCCAUCAAGAGCAUCGUGCUACAGGCUGCAGUGCCAAAGUCAAUGAAGGUGAAGUUACAGCCACCCUCUGGGACAGAGCUGUCUCCAUUCAGCCCCGUCCAGCCACCUGCAGCCAUCACCCAGGUCAUGCUGCUGGCCAAUCCACUGAAGGCUCCAACAAGCCAACAACCAAACAAGACAUGGAUUAUUAACAGACUGAAGAACCCAAAAGUCUCAAUUUGAUCACAAGGAAACAUGAGAUAAAAGCCAAACUGAGGACAUUCUAAAGCGAGCUGAAUAGAUUCCAAAACUGUCAAGGUGAAGAAACACCAACAAAGGCAGGGGCACUAAAGAGACAGAACACCUGAAUUCAUGAACGUGGAGAUGACAAAGAUAAAAGACCUUGUGGGGACAGUGGGUAUAAUCAGAAUGUGGAUUACGGACUUGAGAGCAGUGCAUUCUGGUAAGUGGUUAUAUGAGAGGAUGUUCUUGUUCUUAGAAAACACAUCUUCAAGUAUUUAUGAGGAAAGGGGAACAAAGUCUCCAACUUCCUUUCAGACUGUUCCCCAAAAACCUGAGAAUAAUAAAGCAAAUGAGGCAAUAUGUAAAUGGUGAAUCUGGAUAAAGUGGACAUGGGAGUUUCUUAAUCCUUAACCUACUUUUGCACCUUUUCUCUUUACUUUUGAAAUUAAUGGGAAAUGUUACCAGGAAAUAUGCUUUGCAGAGUCUGGCACAUAGGGCUCUGUGUGGUUUGGAGUUUGGGCUUAACAGGAAGAAAACCCUAGAGAAGUCUAGACAGCACCUCCCACCUCCACAACCCACCACCGUGCCGAAGGUCCAGGGGACAGAGCCCAGAGACUCACCCAAGAAUGUCAGUCGAUCACUGAGCAUCAUGGCUGGCCCGAGGUUGUCAAUGAGGUCCAGAUCAGAAAAGCAGCCUCGCUCACAGUAAUCCCUGAGGAACCUGCAAGGCCGGGCCCAGAGGUCAGAGCGGCAGUCCUGGGCCUCCCAACUUCCCAGCAGCCCCCCGAGAGCCAAAAGGGACUGAUUCCACCUGUCUGACACCAGCGUGGCAAAGGCUGCAUCUUUGGCUCGGAUGCUCCAAGACAGGGCAGAACCCAGGCGAUUGUUGCGGACGGCUUUCAUGGCCAAGAUCUUACAGAUGCUGCGAACUUGGCAAAGAAAAACAAAGGUGAACGUUUCACCCUGCAAGUCACUCGAUUCCUAACCCUUACUGGACAGGAACAGGCUGCCCAACUCCUCUGAGCUUUCUGUAGCCUGUCCACAGACUCCAAAAACAAGUUGGUCCAUAACACUGGGAACUUGGGGGUUUAUAAAUUGUCUCCUGGCUCUGAUCACACUAUGACCCACCCUAGCAGGACUGGCUUUGUGAGUGGAUUUGAUUUCAGAGAUGGCAAAAAAAAUUUUAAUGCUCUCCACAGAUGAGCUCCUUCAUUAUCUGUCCAGGUGCCAAAAACAUCCUUUGGGUCUUGAAUGCCAUGUGCUUUCAGAGAUGGCCAUACGCAAGCAAAUGCCGCUGGAAAAAACUUAGGUUUUUGCACUCAACAGUUGAUGGGAUAAGGAGCAAACAUCACUGCUUCCUUUCUGUGCUCUUCCUGAGCUGCCUCCGGUCCUGCUUCCCCACGGAGCCAGCCUUAGCAACAGCAACCCACCCGGAAGGAGUAAAUUCCAAGCUGACCCCAGCCCUGAACUUAGAUUAUCUAAGUAGGAGACAGGAAGUGGGUAAAAAUCUUCUUGAAAGGUAAUAUGCUCCAUUGCUUCUAAGUCUUGAUGGAUCCCCAGCUCCUUGUCCUUAAUACGUUUCUUGUUUUGGCUUCUCUCUUGGCACCUGCUGCCUGGCCUCUCUCCAGUGUGGCUGGCAUGGCACGAGCAGAAAGUAUGCCAGGAAGAGGGCAGACUCACCUUGCUCAGUCAUCUGCCGCUGCUCACAAAUCCGCAGCACCUUAAGGGCUUUCUGCUCAGUGCUCAGAGGGAUCCGCUCAAUAUGCAGCUCCAAGGAAACUCGGCCCAGCUCAGGGCAGUAGUCGAAGUAAUCCACUCCCAGCUGCCAAAGGCUGCGACAGACCGAGGACAGACAUGAGGUGCUGCCCCGGAGUUCAGGGACUGGCACCACGAUGGCUCCUCCCGCAGGCCCCACAGACUUCAGGGAACCAGACGGGAAAGCAUCUUGCAUGCUAAAAAGGACCGUUGGUAUCUUCCUACCUAUGAUGGGCAAACAAUCCUGAGGCAUACUCCAGCAGGAGGAACUCUCUCAUGUUGGAUCCGAAGCUGGAAUAAAACAAAACAUGGGGCCAAAACCCAUGGCCUGCCCCAUUCAGGCCCCUCCUACAGCCCAACCACGCUUCCAUCCCCAAGUCCCAAGGGCUGGCCUGGCUGCCACAUACUUACUAGAGAUUGUGUGACUGUAGGAGCUUGCAGUGGUCCAGUAGGUCUGUCAGAUGGGCCACAAACCACCAGUUGCUCAAGGCAAUGCUGUGGGUUCAAACCCAAGGAGAGUCAGGGUGAGAGCAUGGUCCAUAUGAGCAGAGCAUGAGCAGAACCCCUCACGUCCUUUGCAUAAAAGAAUAGGUGAGACAGUGACGAGCUUAAAUCUGGAAGAGGUUUCUCUGUGUUGUGUGAGGACUGACAUUGCAUACCCAGAGGGAAGGCCCACCCUCAAAGUGGCAGCCAAUGAUCUCAUCUAUGGAGAAUGUCACAGAGAAAAUAAAAUUCAGGGAUCCAAUCAGAUGCAGACAACGUGGAUACAGAAUAAUGUGUAAGAAUAAAAAGAAACAGAUUUAUGAAAACAA